UUUGGCUUUGUUUUUAUUGAGACUUCGGAUCUAGCCUGGGGUUGUAUGGCAGGAGAAGUGCCCAGAGCGGGCUGGCUCGGUUAUAGCUACACCCUUACAGGUUAGGGCUUGGGAAGGGAUGCUGAGGGGGAAAUAGAAACGGGCACCUAGGAGAAGUAAGGUAGCAGUGAGCCUGGGGCAAAUACAGUCAGAGGGUAUAAAUGUAAUAGCAGUGAGCUUGGGGCAAAUACAGUCAGAGGGUAUAAAUGUAAUAGCAGUGAGCUUGGGGCAAAUACAGUCAGAGGGUAUAAAUGUAAUAGCAGUGAGCUUGGGGCAAAUACAGUCAGAGGGUAUAAAUGUAAUAGCAGUGGGCUUGGGGCAAAUACAGUCAGAGGGUAUAAAUGUAAUAGCAGUGGGCUUGGGGCAUAGAGAGUCAGAGGGCAAAACUGUAGGGAGCUUGUGGGCAGAGAAAGUCAGGAUAAGGUAGCAGUGAGCCUGGGGCCAGAGAGAGCCAAAGCAUAACAUAUAGUAAGCUUGCAGCCAGGAAAGGUCAUAUGGCAAUGUGUUUGGGGAAAGAGGGUAAAGCAGUUGGAGUAGAGAGAAAUUAGAGAGUUUGGGGACAGAGGGAGAAAGAGCUAGCAGGGCACAGAGCAAGCAGGGCACAGCGAGAGAGCUAACAGGGCACAGCGAGAGAGCUAACGGCACACCGAGAGAGCUAACAGGGCACAGCAAGAGAGCUAGCAGGGCACAGCGAGAGAGCUAACAGGGCACAGCAAGAGAGCUAACGGCACAGCGAGAGAGCUAGCAGGGCACAGCAAGAGAGCUAACGGCACAGCGAGAGAGCUAACAGGACACAGCAAGAGAGCUAGCAGGGCACAGCGAGAGAGCCAGCAGGACACAGCGAGAGAGCCAGCAGGGCACAGCAAGAGAGCUAGCAGGGCACAGCAAGAGAGCUAGCAGGGCACAGGGAGAGAGCUAGCAGGACACAGCAAGAGAGCUAACAGGGCACAGCGAGAGAGCUAGCAGGACACAGCGAGAGAGCUAACAGGACACAGCGAGAGAGCUAACAGGGCACAGCGAGAGAGCUAGCAGGACACAGCGAGAGAGCUAACAGGGCACAGCGAGAGAGCUAGCAGGACACAGCAAGAGAGAGCUAGCAGGACACAGCGAGAGAGAGCUAGCAGGACACAGCAAGAGAGCUAGCAGGAGACACACAGGAAACUAGUAGAAGACACAGAAAUCUAGAAGGAGACACAGAGAGAAAGCUAGUAGGAGGCAGAGAGAGUAGCAAAAGGAAGAAAAAGAGUAGCAGUAGACUGAGAUAGAACUAGCUGGUGACAGAGCUAGCAGGAGAAACAGUGAGCUAGCAGGAGACAGAAAGAGAGCUAACAGAAGAAAGGUAUCUAGUAAGAGGCAGAUAGUAGCAAGAGGAAGAAAGAGAGUAGCUGAGGACAGAGAGGGAGCUAGAAGGAGACAGUAAAAGAGCUAGCAGGAGACAAAGAAAGACCUAACAAGACAGUAAGAGCGCUAGCAGGAGAGAGAGAAUGCUAGCAGCAGACAGAUCUAACAGAAGACACGGAGAAAGAUAGUAGGAGACAGAGAGAGGGUUAUCAGAAAGGUAGUAGGAAAUAGAGAGCGUAGCAGAAGGUAGAAAAAGAGUAGCAGGAGAGAGAGCUAGCAGGAGACAGUGAGUAGCAGGAGACAGUAAAAUAUAUAAAGAAUGAUUUAGUAACUGAAAAACUGUAAAGAGAAAAUUAGGUGAGGUGAGCAGCGAGUGCAGCAAGGAGUUGCUAAUAGAGAGGGAAGGGGGAAAAUGAAUGACUUUACAAGGGGGGAGAAUAAAAAGGUAAGAAAGUGAGCUGCCAGCAGUGAGAGAGGAAGAACAGAGAUACAGCAGGGAAUAAAAGAGAGGGAGUUGGAAAAAGCAAAGGGAGAGGGAGAGUGUAGAGAAAAUAAAGAGAGCUGUAAACAACAAGAGUGCCAGAAUUAAAGAGAGAGCUGGGAGCAGAGUGUGGUCAGGUACAGAAGAGUGAGCAGUGAGCAUAAAGUGAGAGAGAGAAUAAGACAGUGAGAUAGGACUAAUCAGUGAGAGUGAGAGGAGAAGCUGAUAGAGCAAGUGUCAGAGAGGGGAAGGAGCACGCAGGAGAAGGGGGCAGGGAGCACUCAGAGAAAGAGAAACAAAGGUAGAAGGUAUCAGUAAAAUCCAAGAGGAACAAGGAGAGACGGCAGAAAAGAGAACAAAGAGAGAGCAAGAGAACGGGAAUUGCAGACAGGAGAACCGUUGAGAGCUAGAAAGAGGACAAGAGACCACUGAGAGAAGCAGUCUUUAGAGAGGCUUUGGGAGAAGAUAGGGGGAGCACACAGAGAGCUGGGGGAUUGCCUUUCUGCCAGCUGCUGUAGUCCCUGGACCAUAGCCUUUUCUCCUGGAGUCUCUGUAAUCCGGUGGGUUCACUGCCGCCUUCUCAUACUCAGUGACCCCCUCUACUGCCGGCUCAUUUAUUGUCCCUUCCUGCAUAGAGGGUGACGGGAGUUGACAACAGCAUGUCCCGAAAGAAGAGCCAGAAGAGUAAGGGCAGCAACUCCCCCUCUUCCUGUGGCAUUCCACCAGCCAAAGAGAAUGGCAAGGUGGGCUCUGAAGCCCACACCAAUGGAAUGGUGCUGUCCGGGCGCCCAUCUCUCAGCAACAGCGGGGAGUUUUACGACAUUGCUUUCAAGGUGAUGUUGGUGGGAGACUCUGGAGUUGGGAAGACGUGCCUCCUUGUGAGAUUUAAGGACGGGGCAUUUCUGGCCGGAAGCUUCAUCUCCACUGUUGGGAUUGACUUUCGGAAUAAGGUGUUAAAUGUGGAUGGAGUCAAGGUGAAAUUACAGAUAUGGGACACGGCAGGACAGGAGAGGUUCCGAAGCGUAACACAUGCAUACUACAGAGACGCGCAUGCUUUGCUCUUACUGUACGACGUGACCAACAAGAGUUCUUUCGACAACAUCCAGGCCUGGCUAACGGAGAUCCAUGAAUACGCACAAAAAGACGUGGUCAUCAUGCUGCUGGGAAAUAAGGUGGAUUCAACUCAUGAACGUGUGGUAAAGAUAGAGGAUGGAGAGCGUUUGGCAAAGGAAUACGGAGUGCCCUUCAUGGAGACCAGUGCCAAGAGUGGGUUAAACGUGGACUUGGCGUUCAUUGCUAUUGCAAAAGAACUGAAGCACAGGUCGAUGAAGCUGCCCAACGAACCCAAAUUCAAACUUCACGACUAUGUCAAAAAGGAAGUAAAGGGCUCAGGUUGCUGUAAAUCCUGAUCCUGCCGCGCCCGCCGGAAGCCAGAGGGGGAAGAGCCAUCCUACAAUUCCUGUACAGAGACUGACGAGAGCGUUUCGGCAUCUCCGCCAAUGGGGCAAUGAGCCCCGCUUCAGCACAGACCCAUUCCUUGUGGAGAGUAUCUGUCUGUGCAUGUCUGUGUUCGUUCUUCUGUGAGGGUAGCAAUCUGAUGUGUUGAACAAAAGGACAUCUAAACCAGUUACAGUCCUGCAGUGACUGCACAGGUUAACUACACAGGGAUGGACACAGCGGGAAUGUCCACAAUAAUUAUAAAUGUUAAUCGUUACCCAUAAUGGGAAAAGGAAUCCCCCCCCCGUGUGUGUGUGACAACUUUAAUUGGGGGCACUUGUGCCAUGCAUUCCCCCCGCCAUAUCCCAUUGAGGAAAAAACUUUAGAUGUCCUUUUGUCUGCGGCUGUCGUACUUCCGACCAGUGUGUUUAUGGCUUUGUUUGUUGUGGAGCUUUUUUCUUUUUGCUUGAACUAUUUAGUAUUGGACUUUUUUAUAUCAUCCCAUAGUGGUACCGGCAGCUGUGCUGAGCUGCCUCUUACAACAGGGCGCUGUUCCCACUCAUUACGCUUUUGUCUAGACGCAUAUUCUCCGCUAGGGUUUAUAAAUGGCCAAUCCCGUCAGCAUCGGUCCCACGUGUGAUUGGACAGAAAUAGAUGCAAUCCACCUAUCACUGCGCACACAGGACUGACUUCCUGCAGCGUUACUAGCGGCUAAUCCCAAAAUACUGGGACAUUCAUUGUGUGUAAAGGAGAUGGUAAUAUCACACAUUGGCUGGUAUAUUAAGGCCUUAUUUUGCCCACAGCUAGCAACCAACCAGAUGUUUGUAAAUGCUACCUGCUGAUUGGUUGCUCGGAGUUAUUUAAUAAGUCCCAAAAUGAUACUAUCCUAUGCCCUUGAUCGAACCUGAAAAAAAAAAAAAAAUAUAUAUAUAUAUAUAUAUAUAUAUAUGCCUAGCAGUAUUUCCUUCAUGCUCCUAUGAGAGCUUUUUCUAAUGUCCUUAAGCAGCACCUUCUCACUAUCAUAAAGAAUGAGGGCAUUUCUUCAGACUGUACACAGAUAGUAGAAGCCCCAAUAAGCAGUUUACUAUAAAUAGUUGCUGUAACUACAACCGCUGGAGAGAUAAUUUUAGAAGAGGCAGGGAUGCCAGUUAAGCUCUGUGUAAGGUUUGCCUGCCGAAGCUGCUCAAUUGGUAAGGUUGCCAAACGAAUGGAUCUCUGGCCGGUUUGCUCUCACUGGGACAAAUUGUGCUGAUCCAAUCACUGGUGCCUGGGAGGCAAACUCAGGGCCUAGAGACCUGUUGGGCAAGGACUGCAACAAUAUGCCAAUGUAGCCCUUGCCAGACUGGAUCUUCAGACAGGUACCAAUUGGAAGGCACUUGGUUGGCCGACAUCAAUGGGCCAAUAAGGUGAUAACAGUGUCUGCAGGAGCCCAGCCAGUAGCUUACAUAGGCUCUGGGUUACAGGAAAGAGACUACUAAAGACCAACCAAACUCUUGUCCUGAGCCAGAAACUUUUAUAUGGAGGGAAAGAUAUCAUGACCAUAUAGUAUACGCAAGCUGGAACAGCCUAUGAUUUUUUGUUAUAAUAUUUUGGUUCAACGUGUACAGGGCUAAACAUGUAAUAGCUUAUUCCGUGCAAAAGGAAGUGACCAGCAUUUGGCAAGUAGCUGAUAUCGUGCUAGCUGUGUAUAACUGCUCACCGUUACUUAUAUAUAAACUUUUGUAAAACAUGAGAAAUAAAACAUUGCGCUUAAUACGAGA